AAAUAUUUAAAAAAAAAGAAAAUAAAUAAAUAUCUCGAAACGAAAAAGACAAAAAUGUUUGUAUUUCGUUUUCAUAUUUCUUUGUAAAAAGUUAGUAGUUAUCUUGUAAAAUUUGCCAAAGUUAAGACUGCGAUCUACUAUUACUAUUAAUGAACCUCAUAUCGCGAGCAAUGUGCAAAAUCUCAAAUUUAAAAUAAUUUAUUUUAAUUUGCAUUUGCGGUUUUAAUAGAGAAGCAAUAAAUAUCUAAUCAUAAAUUUGUUUAAUUGCCGCGUGUCAAGAGCCUUCUACAGAUGAAGCAAGUGUUUGUGUAAAUUUUUAUUAAAUGAUCCGGUAUUUGGCGUUUCUAUCUCAUUUAAAUCAGUCGUCUUUCCAUAUCCACACGUUGCGGUCGUAUCACUAUUGUGCUAAUCAAGUGCUUAAGUGUUGCGACAAUCAUUAAAAACUCAUAUGAUGGAUGGAUGGAUGAUACUAUUUUAUAUAUGUGCUUUAUAAAGGGCACCUACCUAUCUGAUGCGAUUACGUAUACGUGGACACGCAAAUGCAAAUGCAAAAAAAAAAAAGCAUUCUAGUUGCCUUUCAUUUAAAUAGAAGAUAAUUAGUUAAAUAACUAUUUACACUUUUCAAGAGAUUAAGUGAUGGUAUAUACAUAUAAAUCAUAUUAGAAGAUAAAAUUUAUAGUUAAAAAGAGAAAAAAAAAAAGAAAAAUUAAAAAAUAAAAUAAAAACAAAAUUGUCAUUGUGUGCUAAGAUUAAAAAAAAAGAGUCAAGUGUUUUAUUACAGAAAGGAUAACUAUUAUCAUUCAUGUGAUCACUUACAGAAUAAGAAAAAUAAAAAUAAACUAUGAAUAAAACUGAAAGAAGAACAAUAAAGUUACCCUUCUUAAUAAACUCGAAUAUUGUGAUUAUAGAGGGCGUGUCAAUUGGUCAAUCCAUGGACUUAACAUCGCUAUCUCCCAUAGUUUACCAAUUAGGGAAAAUGAUGCCCACACUUUUCCGUUAAGCAAUUUUUUUUUUCACUUCUUUCGUAUUUGGUACUAAUCCGGUCUUGGAAUAGGUCCUCGCACAUUACCCGCUGAAAGGCGCCAGUAAUGGCAUGAUAAGCCACCGAGGCAGGUGCAAAUGCUAAACCCCAAAAGCUGCUAAGAUCUACACACACACACACACACACACACGACUACAAAGACUAGGCUGUGAUCAAUCAAAUUUCCUAUCUCCUUGCCUCCCCUCACUUCUUUCUACUUUCGUGACCGUGUAACACGUAUAGGAGACGUACUUUGAGUAAUGGGUCAUAUAAAAAAAAAAAAAAAAAAAAAAUUAAUUAUCGGCUUUGCGCACAUGGCCAGCAGGCAGGCAAUCGACUGAUAGGCAAGGGAACGCCUGAAACUAAAACAACUAAAUAUUAUGUCUGAGGCAUAUAUUUCAAGGAUCUGGGAAUGUUUUCUUAUCUACAAUAAUUGGUUGGAGGGGUGGAGGAUGCACGCAAUAAUAAAACAAUUGUUAUAAACACCUACGCACACCUACGAACGAAAUGGCUUUGAAUUUUACUACUUGCUAUUAUCACUUAUUAACCGGAACAGUAUAAAGUUAAAAAUUUAUAUGACAUUCAACUGAAUGCCUACCAUCUGUUAAACAGGGUUUUGUUUAUUAAUUAAUUAUUCACUUAUCAUCAUUUACUUUUAUGGACGAUUAGAUUUCUUUAUAUGGGCUUUUAUAGUAAUUGUGUAAUGAAUAUAUUUUAUAAAUUAACGGUAUAAACAAUCUUUUUGGAUAAAUUUUAAUCAUAAUUUCCUGAAUAUUUUAUAUAUAAAAUGCAAAAAAUUAAUAGCGAAGCUCCAGUAUGCGAUUUGGGUUUCAAUGAAAAGCACGAGGCCAUUCAACCUGAAGCCCUGAAAAUUGCCAGUAAAAGCCGUAGACGUUCAUCAGCUGCUUCUACGUGCUCGUUUAGUUCGGCGUGUUUUACCGGGAGUUCAGAUGAGGACGACAUUUCGCCAAGAGAAAAGCGCCAAUGCAAUAGCAGAGGUUACACCGAUUUCUGUGUUAAAAAUGUAACCAAUCACCAUGCGUUCGGACGUCGAGAAAUCGAGAUAGCCGAACAGGAGAUGCCCGGCAUUAUGACAUUGCGUCGACGAGCCGCUGAUGAUAAGCCGCUUAAGAAUGCCAACAUUGUCGGUUGUACUCAUAUCAAUGCGCAAACCGCUGUGCUUAUCGAGACUUUGAUCAAGUUGGGGGCAUCGGUACGUUGGGCUGCUUGCAAUAUUUAUUCUACACAGAACGCUGUAGCUGCUGCUCUAGCUGAGGUAAAUGUGCCAAUAUUUGCCUGGCGCGGGGAAACUGAAGAGGAGUUUUGGUGGUGCUUGGAUAAUUGUGUAAAUGCGGACGGUUGGCAGCCUAAUAUGAUCCUUGACGAUGGAGGAGAUGCUACUCAUUUAAUGUGGAAAAAAUAUCCCGAACUCUUUAAAGGUAUUAAAGGAAUCGUAGAGGAGAGUAUAACAGGUGUCCAUCGUUUGUAUCAUAUGUCGAAAACGGGGAAAUUGAGUGUGCCGGCCAUCAAUGUAAAUGACUCGGUUACAAAAAUGAAAUUUGAUAAUUUCUAUAGUAUUCGGGAAUCAAUUUUGGAUAGUUUGAAACGUGCUACCGAUGUCUUAUUUGGAGGAAAGCAAGUCGUUGUUUGUGGCUAUGGAGAUGUAGGCAAAGGUUGCGCUAAAGGUUUAAGGGCGCAGGGUUGUAUUGUCUAUGUAACAGAAAUAGAUCCGAUUUGUGCUUUGCAAGCGAGUAUGGAUGGCUUUCGCGUCGUUAAGCUGAACGAAGUUAUUCGAAAUGUGGAUAUAGUGGUGACGGCUACCGGCAAUAAACAUGUAGUGACACGAGAGCAUAUGGAUCGUCUGAAACAUGGUUGCAUUGUCUGCAAUAUGGGUCAUUCGAAUUCAGAAAUAGAUAUAAAUAGUCUUCAUACGCCUGAAUUAACUUGGGAACGGGUUCGUUCUCAAGUUGAUCACAUCUUUUGGCCGGAUGGAAAGAUGAUGGUACUUUUAGCUGAAGGAAGACUUGUCAACUUAUCUUGUUCGACCAUUCCUUCGUUUGUAGUGUCCGUGACGGCUUCGGCUCAGGCGUUAGCUUUGAUUGAAUUAUAUAACGCGGUGCCAGGACGUUAUAAAUCUGAUGUUUAUUUACUGCCUAAGAAAAUGGAUGAAUAUGUAUCCAGUUUGCAUUUACCAACAUUCGACGCACAUCUAACAGAAUUAACCGACGAACAAGCCAAAUAUUUAGGUCUUAAUAAAGCUGGUCCUUUUAAGCCGAAUUAUUAUAGAUACUGAUUGUUGCUUUUUCAUCUUCCCUCCAACAAUACAGUAUUGAUCCUAUUUUGCUAUUAUGCAUGUACAAAAAAAACUUGUUACGUUAUAUUAUAUUAUGCUUGAAAUUGUACUAAAUA